CGUUCACAGAUGAACUUGAUGUGAUUGGGCCGACAGACAUUGUCCUUUCCUUACCUGGUAGCAAUAUUGGAAGCGCGGAAUUUUUCUAGUUAGUUUACAAACUUGAAUUUAUUAAAUUGUACUUAAUUUUUUUUUGUAAGAAAUAUAAAUGGAAAUGGAUCAAAAUAACCGUGCAGUGCUUCCAUGUGAAGAAAUACCUAGAUCUUCUGAAAAUAAAGAUGUUUUCGAUUUGAAAUGCCUAAAGAAUUGUCUGCCAACAACAAGUCGUCAUUCUGAAAUCGUUCCUAGCUUUGAAGAAAUUGAAAGAACAACAAGUCGUCAUUCCAAAAUUGUUUCUAGUUUUGAAGAAAUUGAAAGAGUAACGAAGAGGUUCAUGAAAAUCAAAGCUUUGCUGAAUAUCAGGAAGGAAACUACUAGGUUAUCACUUAAAAGAAUUUCACUAGACAAACUUUGUACUGCUUUUUUAGCAAAUUCUGUAGUUGAAGAAUCUGCCUGUCAUAAGCAAGAAAAAUAUCUAGAAACAGAGCCUAGUAAAGCUCUUGAAAGACUGACAUUUGCAAACCUUUCAUUAGAGAAAGAGGAAAAAAAUAUUUCCCCUAUGCACUCUUCAGAUAUGAUGAAAAUCGAUUCUGAAAUUUAUUUUGAACGGAAAAAAGCAGAACGUCGAAGGAAUGUUUUAGCUUUCAGAACAAAUGAAAGGCUAAGAAAAGCAUGUUUUUCUAGAUGUUUGUCUUUAGAAGAUAUGGAUAAGCCAGAAGCAAGAUCUUGUCUGCAAACAAAGUGUUUAUACGGAACUAUACUGAAUGACUUUAUAGAAAAACGGAAAAGAAUUCAGGAAGAAAUGGACCAAACUAUUAAAUUAGUUCAAAUGUUGAAAGAGAAAUCCAGAAUGUUGAAAGAGAAAAAGAUGUAAUCAUGAAACUGCUGUAAAUUGUACUGAUUGUUGUAAUAAAACUUUUUUUUUUUACCUCUU